CGAGGCUGGAGGCUCCGCCGGGCCCGCGGCCAGCAAGAGACGCGCAGGCACCCGCGGCUGCGGAGCGGCAGAGGAGCUGAGCGUGAGCGGCCGUGCAAGCAACGCGCGCGGUCUCGCAGAGCACGAGCUGUGGCCCGAGGCUGCACGCCUUACACCGCGACUCUCCGGCCUCGUACUGGGGCGCAGGUGUCCCAGCCGUGGCGCGGCGGUGGGCGGUGGCCUGGUGGGCCCCCGGCGCCCUAAGCCUCGCUCCCUCUCCAGGGAGGAGGCGGGAAGCAGUGGCGCCGGCUGCGGGAAGAGGGUCUGCGGAUCUGCUCACUCGAUGCCCGGGAAGCCUGGAGCCGCGCCCCGGACCGACGGCAGCGCCGCACCCGACGGGGGCCCGGGGGCUGAAGCAGCGCCCAGCGCGCCCGCCCGGCCAGAGGCGCCCGCCCGGCUGCAGCGCCUCGGAAGCCGAAAACAUCACUGACAGCCUCCACAGGAUGUGGCCUCUGAACACUCAAGGACCACCCACCCUACCUGUCUGCAAUGGAGAAGGCAGAAACGGAAUUGCAAACACCAGGGCUUCUGUUGUGUUUGUGAUCACUCUGUAGACAUGCCUCCCCACCGCAAGGUAUGAGCUGCGCCAAGAGAGAAAGUUCUUGGGGCCCUCAAACCACUGUCACCAUUGUGUCUCUGCCCUGGAGAGAAGGCAGAAUCAUGGCAUUUUACAGCUGCUGUUUGGUCCUCUUGGUCCUCGCCUGGCACUCCUCUGCCUAUGGGCCUGACCAGCGAGCCCAGAAGAAAGGAGACAUUAUCCUCGGUGGGCUCUUUCCUAUUCAUUUUGGAGUAGCAGCCAAAGAUCAAGAUCUAGAAUCAAGGCCAGAGUCCGUGGAAUGUAUCAGGUAUAAUUUCCGUGGAUUCCGCUGGUUACAAGCCAUGAUAUUUGCCAUAGAGGAGAUCAACAGCAGCCCCGCUCUUCUCCCUAACAUGACACUGGGGUACAGGAUAUUUGACACUUGCAACACCGUUUCAAAGGCCUUGGAGGCCACCCUGAGUUUUGUGGCCCAGAACAAAAUUGAUUCUUUGAACCUGGAUGAGUUCUGCAACUGCUCCGAGCACAUCCCCUCCACUAUCGCUGUGGUGGGAGCAACUGGCUCCGGCGUGUCCACGGCGGUGGCUAAUCUGCUGGGCCUCUUCUACAUUCCCCAGGUCAGUUACGCUUCCUCUAGCAGACUCCUCAGUAACAAGAAUCAGUUCAAAUCCUUCCUCCGUACCAUCCCCAAUGAUGAACACCAAGCCACAGCCAUGGCGGACAUUAUCGAGUAUUUCCGCUGGAACUGGGUAGGCACGAUUGCAGCUGAUGAUGACUAUGGCCGGCCAGGUAUCGAGAAGUUCCGAGAGGAAGCGGAGGAGCGUGACAUCUGCAUCGACUUCAGCGAACUCAUCUCCCAGUACUCUGAUGAGGAGGAGAUCCAGCACGUGGUGGAAGUGAUCCAGAAUUCCACAGCCAAGGUCAUUGUCGUCUUCUCUAGUGGCCCAGACCUAGAACCCCUCAUCAAAGAGAUUGUCCGGCGCAACAUCACAGGCAAGAUCUGGCUGGCCAGUGAAGCGUGGGCCAGCUCCUCCCUGAUCGCCAUGCCUGAGUAUUUCCAUGUUGUGGGUGGCACCAUUGGGUUUGCUCUCAGGGCUGGGCAGAUUCCAGGAUUCCGGGAAUUUCUGCAGAAAGUUCAUCCCAGGAAGUCUGCCCACAAUGGUUUUGCCAAGGAGUUUUGGGAAGAAACAUUUAACUGCCACCUCCAAGAAGGUGCUAAAGGACCUUUACCCAUGGACACCUUCCUGAAAGGUCACGAGGAAGGUGGCACCAAAUUAAGCAACAGUUCCACCGCCUUCCGACCCCUCUGUACAGGGAAGGAGAACAUCAGCAGUGUUGAGACUCCUUACAUGGAUUAUACACAUCUACGGAUAUCCUACAAUGUGUACUUAGCUGUCUACUCCAUUGCCCAUGCCCUGCAGGACAUAUAUACCUGCUUACCUGGGAGAGGGCUCUUCACCAACGGCUCCUGUGCAGACAUCAAGAAGGUGGAAGCGUGGCAGGUCCUGAAGCACCUUCGGCAUCUGAACUUUACCAACAACAUGGGGGAGCAAGUAACUUUUGAUGAGUGUGGUGACCUGGUGGGGAACUAUUCCAUCAUCAAUUGGCAUCUGUCCCCAGAGGAUGGCUCCAUCAUGUUUAAGGAAAUUGGGAAUUAUAAUGCCUAUGCAAAGAAAGGCGAAAGACUCUUUAUCAAUGAGAAGAAGAUCCUGUGGAGCGGCUUCUCCAGGGAGGUCCCUUUCUCCAACUGCAGCCGUGACUGCCUGGCAGGGACCAGGAAAGGGAUCAUUGAAGGGGAGCCCACUUGCUGCUUUGAAUGUGUGGAGUGUCCCGACGGGGAGUACAGCGAUGAGACAGAUGCAAGUGCCUGUGACAAGUGCCCAGAUGACUUCUGGUCAAAUGAGAACCACACUUCCUGCAUCGCCAAGGAGAUCGAGUUUCUGGCAUGGACAGAGCCCUUUGGGAUCGCUCUCACCCUCUUCGCCGUGCUGGGCAUCUUCCUGACAGCCUUUGUGCUGGGUGUCUUCAUCAAGUUCCGCAACACCCCCAUCGUCAAGGCCACCAACCGAGAGCUCUCCUACCUCCUCCUCUUCUCCCUGCUCUGCUGUUUCUCCAGCUCCCUGUUCUUCAUCGGGGAGCCACAGGACUGGACCUGCCGCCUGCGCCAACCAGCCUUUGGCAUCAGCUUCGUGCUCUGCAUCUCUUGCAUCCUGGUGAAGACCAACCGUGUCCUGCUGGUGUUCGAGGCCAAGAUCCCCACCAGCUUCCACCGCAAGUGGUGGGGGCUCAACCUGCAGUUCCUGUUGGUUUUCCUGUGCACCUUCAUGCAGAUCGUCAUCUGUGCCAUCUGGCUCUACACCGCGCCCCCGUCCAGCUACCGCAACCAUGAGCUGGAGGACGAGAUCAUCUUCAUCACAUGCCAUGAGGGCUCCCUAAUGGCCCUGGGCUUUCUGAUCGGCUACACCUGCCUGCUGGCUGCCAUCUGCUUCUUCUUUGCCUUCAAGUCCCGGAAGCUGCCAGAGAACUUCAACGAAGCCAAGUUCAUCACCUUCAGCAUGCUCAUCUUCUUCAUCGUCUGGAUCUCCUUCAUCCCAGCCUACGCCAGUACCUACGGCAAGUUCGUCUCAGCCGUGGAGGUGAUCGCCAUCCUGGCAGCCAGCUUCGGCCUGCUGGCCUGCAUCUUCUUCAAUAAGGUCUACAUCAUCCUCUUCAAGCCCUCCCGGAACACCAUCGAGGAGGUGCGCUGCAGCACCGCCGCUCACGCUUUCAAAGUGGCUGCCCGAGCCACGCUGCGCCGCAGCAACGUCUCGCGUAAGCGGUCCAGCAGCCUCGGGGGCUCCACGGGAUCUAUCCCUUCCUCCUCUAUCAGUAGCAAGAGCAACAGCGAAGAUCCCUUCCCACAGCCCGAGAGGCUGAAGCAACAGUGGCCAGUGGCCCUGACCGGGCAAGAGCAGCAGCAGCAGCAGCCACAGCAGCAUCCUGUGCCCCUCCAGCCACAGCAGCCCCAGCAAUCACAGCCACAGCCCCGCUGCAAGCAGAAGGUCAUCUUCGGUAGUGGCACGGUUACUUUCUCUCUGAGCUUUGACGAACCACAGAAAAAUGCCACAGCCCACAGACACGCCACGCAUCAAAACUCCCUGGAGACCCAGAAAAACAACGAUGGCCUGACCAGACACCAGGCGCUACAGUGCAGGGACGCAGACUCAGACCCGAGCACCCAGGAAAAAGGCCAACCAGAGAUGGAGGACCCAGAGGAAGAGAUGUCCCCAGCAUUCGUCAUGUCCAAGUCACAGGGCUUUGUCUUCAGUGGGGGAGGCAGCACUGUCACAGAAAACAUAUUGCAUUCCUAAAAUGCAGGGCUGCAUGUCCAGGAAGAUGGCGAAGAGCUCUCUUAGAAUCAUAGGGGUGAGGCGUCUCCCCAGAUUCCUCUCUUCAGGGGAAAGAAGGAUAAUAGACAUAUUAAAUACCCCCAAAUUUAGUUACACUGCUUUAAGUAACCAUGAAUUGACUAAUGUUCCCUUAAAAUUAAAAAAAAGAAGAAGAAAAAGAAGGAAGAGGAAAGGAAGCUCUGUGUGUUUCUGGGGUUGUCUCUUGUGCCAUAGUUAGAUUUGCUGUAAUCCGCACCCAAAAUCUUUGGCACUUGUCUGUCCCACCUUGCAGAGAUGAGACCAAGGCUCUAAGAGUCCACUUGCUCCCUACUCUUUAAGAAUGUGCGUCUGUACAUAUAUAUAUGAAAUGCCCACCCUGAAAAUCAUGGACAGCCAUGGUCUGAAUCAUGGCCCAGAGACCCAAGUGUGCAGGUGGACAGGACAUCAGGUUUCUGUCACCAGGCUGCCCAACAUCUUCACGGUGAAAGGAAUUUUAAAUGUUCAAAAACAUCAGCGAUGUGUGUCCUAUUUAUGAAAACCGUAAGCUAUUUGAUUUCAGUCUCUGCCACUGCUAUCCUGUGACAUUCUCCAUCCUUCCUGUAGCAAUAGUGGGUCUGGUUUUGUCCAAGAUGUGAUAGUAAUGCUAUGUUCAGACUCCAGGAUCACAAGAAUCACCUCAAAUUGUUGGAAAGGGACUGAAUAAAUUCAACGAGCUGUAUCCAUAAUUAAUGUUGCUCUGCAUAGCUUUAACUUUAAGAAAUGCUUCUAUUGUAAUAGUCAAUGGACAAUAUAAAUGGAAAAGUGUCA